AUGGCGUCGCGCACAUCACUUGUGGACCUACCACCUGGCGCCUUGGCGCUCGUGUGCUCGUACCUCAGCACAGAGGAGCGCGCGGCCGCGCGUGCCACCUGCUCGCGCCUGCGGGGCGCCGCCAACGCCUCCGUCACAACAGUCAGGGUUGCGCUGUCGACGUCAGAUACACCAUGCAUGGCUGCAGUCCACGCGUCAACGCUCCCCACGCGCUUCCCAGCCGCGUCGUGCGUCGUGCUGAGCGGCACUGGCAACAUUCUGCAGCUCAAAGCGGCCCUUGAGCAUAUGCAGCAGCUUCCCGCCGGCAGCUGGCCGGGCAUCACGUCUCUGCAGCUCGAUUUACAGAUCUUGGGCCUGUGGCCCACGCAGCUGCUUGACGCCGCCGUCGCGGCGACGGCGCGGCUGUGCCCCCACCUACAGAGCACGGAGGGGCUGCCGCUCGCGCCGGCGCCGCUGCGAGCGCUCGCGGCGGCGGCUGGCAGCUUGCGGCGGCUCAAGGCCAUGAUGCUCGACGACUUUUCACAUUACAAGGACGACAGCCCGGACACCGAGGCCGCAGAAGCAGCGGCGGCGGCAGCGGCCGCCGCCGCGCAGCGCCGCGCCGUCUGCGGGGCGCUGUCGGCCCUCUCCGGCCUCACAGCCCUCGUCUUGUACUCUAACCACUCCCCCUGUCGCGCGGCGGAGGCGGAUUUGGAGGGCCUCUGCGCCGCCCUGCCGCUGCUGCCCCGCCUGGCGCACCUGGACGCGCCGCUGUCCCUCGGGGCCAGCCCCCCGCUGGCGGGCUGCCCGGCGCUGGUCGACCUGCGGCUGUCUGCCUCCGAAACUUACGACACGCCGCAAGGCGCGCUGCAGGGGCUGGAGCCGGCGCUGGGCGUCACGAGCCUCGCCAUCCUGAGCCCCUGCCGAGGGUCAGAGUACAGGGUGCGCGCCGCCGACCUUGAGGCCAUAGCGUCGGCGUUCCCCAACCUAGAGUCCCUCGACCUCGAAACCUGCAUCAUUACCCUGGACGGCGGCGGCUGCCGCGCCGUGCUGCCGCGGCUGCGGCGGCUGCGGGGGUUCUGCAGCUUUGGGCUGCUGGAGGGCGGCGCCCUCAGGGCGUUGGCGCCGGCGCUCGAGGCCCUCACCCUCGGCAGCACGUACGAUCUGGGAUCCUCUGACGGCUGGGAGGGCCACGACACGCUGAGGGAGCUGGAGAUCGACGGGUCACCCUACUUUUUGUACCCUGGCCGGGAUCAGGGCCUGCGGCUCAAUUUGAAUGGGAACAUGAUGGGAUGGUAUGCGCCGGACCGCACCUGCCUGGUAGACCUGGGUGCCCUGCGGAAGCUGCCCGCGCUGGGCUCCCUGCGCGUGGGACUUGCGGCCAACCUCUCAAACGACGUCUCGCCCGCCGAGCUGGCGCGCGGCGCGGCGAGCCUGCGUGCGUGGGCGGAGGGGUGGACGCGGCUGCGGUCGCUCUCCAUCGGGGGCUCGGACAUCGCCGGGGCCUAUUUCGACGCGGGCGGCGCGCUGCCGGUGCUCGCGGAGCGGCUGGGGCCGCACCUCAAGCACCUGACCCUCGGCCCCUGCAGCUUCGUGCGCGGCGCGUCCGAAUUUGCGUCGAUGCACGACUGCCUGGCCGCCUGCCUGCCGCGCUUUGUCGCGUUGGAGAGCCUCGCCAUCGUGUUUCACUACGUUACCCUGCAGUUUGUCCCCGGGGCAAGCACGAUGGCCCGGCUCGAAGACACCUAUAGCGAGCUGAUGCACGGCUUGGCUGCGGCCUUGGCGAAGCCCCGGUGCUUGUGGCCCCCGCGCCUGAGCGCCGUGAGAGUGCAGCUCCCCAUGGGCAACUCCCGCGCCGGCGUGCUGCUGAGCUUCCUGGGCUCCCCGCCGUGGAUGCGUGUUGAGGGGUACCUGGACGGCCGCACCUCGGACGGCUGCAGGGUGUGA